AUGGUCAUCCACUACUAUCGAUGCCACAAGGUCUUAGUUGAUAGCGGCGCAGCGGUCAGCGUCAUGUUCGGCAGUUGCUACGAAGGCCUCAACCGAGAUAGGAAGAAACUCAGCCCAGACCAUGAACCCUUAAUAAGCUUAGCCGGAGAAAUCACACAGCCUCUGGGAUCCGAUAAUUUGCGGAUCACACUGGGCGGCGGUAGCACUAUCGCCACCAUGGCAGCACAAUUCAUCACCGUCGACUGCCUCUCCUCCUACAACGUCAUCCUGAGACGUGACGCCAUAUGGGGACUCCAAUGCUUUGUGGAAGGACACAUGCUAAUGAUGAAGAUACCUACCCCGAGCAGCAUCCUCACCAUCAGAGGCAAUCAAGAGCUCACGAGACAGUGCAACUCCUUGACUGUCGCAAGGGGGCAUGGUAGACGAGAGGUACUUCUAACUUCAGACCUACCCUCUCCCUCCAACAAGCCAGAUGAUCUAAGGGAAGAUCUCGAGAUUCUGGAAGACCGCGACAACCGCAACAAAAAGAAGGACAAUAAGCGCAAACUCAAGCACCCGAGACCAGAUGCUUUGGAAGACCUGAUAUCGGUUUCCAUAUCCGAUACGCAUCCAGAAAGAAAAGUUAAGAUCGGAUCCAAAAUAGAUCCACAGUUCCAAGCGGAGCUCAUCGCCUUCCUCAAGACUAGACAGGAAGUGUUCUCAUGGUCGUACGCUGAUAUGCCAGGGAUAUCGCCAGACCUGCUAUCGCCAGACCUGAUUACCCACAAACUCACCAUCUCACCGGACGUUCCCCCAAUCCAACAGAAAAGAAGAGCAUUUACAGAAGAAAAAUACAAAGCCAUCCAGGCUGAAGUCAAAAAACUCCAAGACAUCGGGUUUAUCAGGGAGGUCUCCUACCCGACAUGGCUCUCCAAUGUUGUAAUGGUAAAGAAGCCCAACGAAAAAUGGCGCAUGUGUGUCAAUUACACCAACUUGAAAAAGGCUUGCCCGAAUAACAGUUUUCCCCUACAGAGAAUCGAUAAGCUAGUCGACUCCACUGCAGGCCACAAGCUCCUCAGUUUUAUGGACGCCUUCUCGGGCUACAACCAAAUCGCCAUGGAACCUUCCGAUCAAGAGCACACAUCUUUCACCACCGAUAAGGGUUUGUACUAUUACAGGGUAAUGCCAUUUGGUCUAAAGAACGCUGGGGCUAUGUACCAGAGACUGGUUAAUGCCAUGUUCUCAGAUCAUAUCGGUAAGAUCAUAGAGGUAUAUGUGGACGACAUGCACGUCAAAAGGGUCACCAUUUAA